UAAUACAGGCUCAUAUUCAUCCCACUCAGACCUGUUUUUCACACUCAGAAGGUAACUCACCACUGUUAACAUAUUUCAUUGUGUUUUCUCUCAGUGUGAUUGUGUGUACAUGCAACACAAUCUUAGGAUCUCCCAUUUAACAGUGUUGUGUAGUUUUCUGUUGGCUAAGCUCUUUUGCUGGCCUUGUAGCUCCUGUGAUGGGACAAAUUGCUUAAUUUCACUAAGUCUCAGUUUCUCCAUCUGUGAAAAGGGGUGAUAGUAAUACCUUUUCCAUUAGGUUGCUGUGGCCAUUGAAUGAUUGGAAUCAUACAUAGUUUCUAGAAUGGUGCCUGGUGCAUGACUUUUAUAUAAUAUUUUCCUCUAAAGAUUUUUACUAUUCUGGGUGUGAGGUUUUUUUCAAUGUGAGUAAGUUCUUAGCUCCACAGAUAUUACUAAUACUAGUAAGUAUUUGAGUACAGAUAGAAUAGUAUAAUUACCUUCAUGGGGGCAAAUAACUGUUUUUGUGCCAGUAAAAAGUUGGCAGUGUAUUCCUAGAAGUCUCAGCAGCUCAUGGUGGUCUAGCUGUUGAAUUCUGUGAGUUGGCAGAUGUAAAGGAUUGGUAAGUGCCGUGGGGAAGAAAGGCGGGUUUACUUGUAGUUAGUUGCUCCUUUGACACUUGAGAGUUCUAGGCCUGCUAGGGUGUAAGCCGCAGAGCUUUGAGGAAGCCCUAGUUCUUGACUUUGGCAGCCUACCCGGGGAGGGUGGGAUGUUUACCUGAGGCAUGAUGGGAGUUGCCAGAACCAGGGCCGUUCCAUUCACUCACCAGAUCAGUUUCCUUUUGGUCACUGUGGCCUUGUUAUACAAAGACACGUUCUUUGCCCUUGAGGAGUUUUUAGUCUAGUGGGAUAAAAAAAAGGCUGACAUUCAUCAUUGAAUGAUAAGGGAUAGAUUAGCCUGGAGGGAGAAAGCCUAUUUAUUCUGGCCUAGGGGUAAGCCUUAAAGAGGAGAAGGACUUUCCAGGAUUUCUGGACUUUAAUAAGGGUUUCUGCCCUAAGCGAAUGGGAGGAGUUAAGCAUUCCAAGAGGUGGGACCUGCUCCUAUGAAUAAAUGCCUGAGGACAAAAGAGUAUUCUGUGUUGCAAAUUGUAGGAGUAGUAGGAAUAGGAAUAAAGAGUGGGAGGGGAGAGGUCUGCCAGGCCCCAUCUUAAGGAGUGUUGGUGGGCAAGGGAGUUUGGAUUCCUUUUAUGUUCCUACGUGGACCCUGAAGGCCUUUGGUCAAGUAAAUUAUUUGCGUUUUAGAGGAUCCAAGUUGUACAGAGUGGAAGGAACAGGCCAGUGAGGCAGCUGCAAAGGAGAGAUGGAAGGUUUGAACUGAGGCCAUGGCAUUGACAGUGGAGAUGGAGAGAAGUCAGUGGAGAGGCUGCUCGCAGAGACAAUCUGCUUCAUCUUGAUUCUGCAGCAUUCCAAACUGUGGUAUCCUUGGGGUUCUCUUAACAUUGCUAUGGUGCAGAAGAUUUAAAAUCAGCUGAUGUUCACAAGGAAUAGAGUCACGUGAUGUAUGAAGGGAAACAUAUACACUUCUCUGAGGUUGACAAUAAGCCCUUGUGCUCAUAUAGCCCCAAACUGUGCAAGCAGCGGCGACUGAACGGGUACGCUUUCUGUAUCAGACACGUUCUGGAGGACAAGACUGCCCCCUUCAAGCAAUGUGAAUAUGUGGCCAAGUAUAACAGCCAACGUUGCACCAACCCCAUCCCCAAAUCAGAGGAUCGUAGGUACUGCAACAGCCACUUGCAGGUACUUGGCUUUAUCCCGAAAAAAGAGAGGAAGAAAAAGAAUGAUCCUAUAGAUGAGGUGAAGGUCAGGCACCAGAUGGAUACCAUGGCCUUUAGCCUGACGGUGCCCCCGUUGGCCUUGAAGAUGCCCAAUGGACUGGAUGGCAUGUCCCUCUCUCCACCCGGGGCUAGGGUCCCUCUCCACUACCUGGAAACCGAGUUGGAAGACCCAUUCGCUUUCAACGAGGAAGAUGACGACCUAAAGAAAGGGGCAACUGUGAGAAAGAAGUUGCAGAGCAAGUUGGCCCAGAAUCGGCAGCGCCAGAGAGAGACCGAGAUUUUGAAAGUCCGACAAGAGCACUUUAGUCCCCCUCCUGCGCCUUCACAGCAGCAGCCCCCGCAGCAGCACUCCCACCUGUCACCUUUAUCCACUUCUUUGAAACCUCCAGCGCCACCGCCACCGCAGGGUUUAGUCUGCAAGUCACCUCCACCUCCGAACACCAGCCUACCAAUGCAGGGAGUGGCCCCCACCACGCACACUAUAGCACAAGCAAGGCAGUUGUCCCACAAGAGGCCGCUGCCCCUCCUGCCAUCCAGUAGGGCUCCUGCUGCGGACCCGCCCAGGACUGACCGGGUCCUCAUGAAAGCCACAGCCUUCUCGCCACACUUCUCCUGUAUAAGUCGCCUGCAGAGACUGGUGAAACUGUGCACCCAGAAACAUCAGUUGGACACUGAUCUGUUUCCCCAUUUAGGGUUGGACUGGUCAGAAGAGAGCGGAGAGGAACCAGAGGACUCAGAGCAGGCCUCGCCAUACCAGGUGGCAUGGUCCAUCCGAGAAACCCUCAGAUAUGAGAGACAUACGUCCGAUGACGAUGAUACGGAGAGUAGGAGCUCCAGGGUGACCCAACUUUGCACUUACUUUCAGCAGAAAUAUAAGCACCUCUGCCGCCUGGAGCGGGCAGAAUCUCGUCAAAAGAAAUGCCGGCACACGUUUAGGAAAGCUUUGCUGCAGGCGGCCAGCCGCGAGCCGGAGUGCGCCGGCCAGUUGAUGCAGGAGCUGCAGCGGGCUGCGUGCAGCCGCACCAGCAUGAGCCGGACCAAGUUGAGAGCAGUAGAGCCAGCCGCAUGCAGUGGAACCGUGAAGGGUGAACGAUGCCCUAACAAAGCCCUUCCAUUCACCAGACACUGUUUCCAGCAUAUCCUCUUGAACCGCUCUCAGCAGCUUUUCUCAAGUUGCACAGCCAAGUUUGCAGACGGACAGCAGUGCUCUGUGCCCGUGUUCGACAUUACACACCAGACCCCGCUGUGUGAAGAACAUGCCAAAAAAAUGGAUAAUUUCUUGAGAGGAGAUAGCUCCCGUAAGGUUCAGCACCAGCCGCAGAGGAAACCCAGGAAAAAAACCAAGCCUCCUGCACUUACCAAAAAACACAAGAAGAAGAGAAGGCGUGGACCUCGUCGACCCCAAAAACCCAUCCCCCCUGCAGUACCCCAAGGGAACCUCAGCAUGCCCACCAGCGUCUCACUGCCAGUGGAGGCUGUUCAGAUCCGGAGCCCGUCCACGCCAGAGCUGAGUGCUGAUGAGUUGCCGGAUGACAUUGCCAAUGAGAUCACUGACAUUCCACAUGACUUGGAAUUGAACCAGGAGGACUUUUCAGACGUCCUGCCACGGCUACCUGAUGACUUACAAGAUUUUGAUUUUUUUGAAGGAAAGAAUGGAGACCUCCUUCCGACUACCGAAGAGGCCGAGGAACUCGAACGGGCCUUGCAGGCUGUAACUUCUCUUGAGUGCCUGAGUACCAUUGGGGUACUUACCCAGUCAGAUGGUGUGCCAGUCCAGGAGUUGUCCGAUAGAGGAAUAGGGGUGUUCUCCACAGGUAGUGGAGCUUCAGGAAUUCAGUCCCUGAGUCGAGAAGUUAACACGGACCUAGGGGAGCUAUUGAAUGGGCGCAUAGUACAUGAUAAUUUUUCUAGUCUAGAGCUGGAUGAGAACCUGCUCCGUUCUGCUACCUUGUCUAACCCACCUACACCCCUGGCAGGGCAGAUCCAGGGGCAGUUCUCUGCCCCAGCCAACGUUGGCCUUACUUCUGCCACUCUGAUCAGCCAGAGUGCACUUGGGGAGAGAGCCUUCCCAGGACAGUUUCAUGGACUACAUGAUGGCAGCCAUGCCUCCCAGAGGCCACAUCCUGCCCAGCUGCUGAGCAAGGCAGAUGACCUAAUCACCUCACGACAGCAAUACAGCAGUGAUCAUUCACACUCCUCGCCCCACGGAAGCCAUUAUGAUAGUGAGCACGUGCCGUCUCCCUAUAGUGACCAUAUCACCUCUCCCCACACGACAUCUUUCUCUGGUGAUAAUAUGGCAGCUACCUUUUCAGCAGAGAUGCCCAUCAUGGCGCAGCACUUGCUCCCAACCCAACUCGAGGUGCCACUUGGAGGAGUCGUAAACCCCAGAACUCACUGGGGCAAUCUCCCUGUCAACCUCGGAGAGCCCUCUCCAUUUAGCAACCUUCUCGGCGCAGAUGGACAUCUUCUCUCCACUUCCCUCUCCACGCCACCCACCACUUCAAACUCAGAGACCACACAGCCUGCCUUCGCCACUGUGACCCCCAGCAGCUCCAGCGUGCUCCCGGGGUUACCGCAGACCAGCUUCAGUGGCAUGGGGCCUUCUGCUGAACUCAUGGCCUCCACCUCCCCCAAGCAGCAGCUCCCUCAGUUCAGCGCAGCCUUCGGCCACCAGCUGAGUUCUCACAGUGGCAUUCCUAAGGACCUGCAGCCCAGCCACAGCUCCAUAGCCCCUCCUACAGGCUUCACAGUAACAGGUGCCACAGCUACAAGUACCAAUAAUGCAUCUUCUCCCUUUCCCUCCCCUAACUGAGCGUGUCUGUGUGUUUGCAGGCAGGUGGGGAGUCUGGCAUUUUCUAUCUUUGUUUCCUGUUUAUCAUCCCUCUCCCCCUUUUCCUAACGGAGAUUUUAAAAAUAACAGAUGGGGACUACAGGGGAACUCCCUUUUCCAGUUCAACAAGUCGGCCUGCGGUGGACCUCGCUUCAGUGUUCACGUGUGCUCCUUCGCACUGGUGCUCAUUCCCUCCUGGCAGGUUCACCCUCCCCUGAUGGUUUCCUUCGUGGCUCAGCACAGUGACUGGAUAGAAUCGAUUUUUAGCAGCAAGUCCUAGAAGUGGAAGAUACCUCAGAUUACCAGUGCCCUUUUACUAUUUCCUAGUAUUCAGAUCAAUGCUUUCCAUUCUGUGAACAGGUCUUGACGGAGGUGGUUCUAGAUAGAAUGGUCCUAUUCACUGAGUUCCUGUGUAAGUGAUAGCAGAUGGUGUGUGGGGGGCGGGGCGGGGCUCUGAUCCAGCACCACCUGCUAGACACCACAUGAGGCCAGGAGUCCAUUCCGAAUUGUGAUCAUGUUCGAUUAAAAAAAAAAAAAAUUAGUCUUUUGACCGCCUGUGUGUGUGUGUGUGUGUGUGUGUGCGCACGCGCGCCCAUGUGUGUGUCCGUGCAGGGCAGGAAGCAGCUGUCCCGUUGUUGUUGUUGUUGUUGUUGUUGUUGUUGUUUUGUUAUUUUUUUUUUUUUCCUAAUGAGGAUAAGGCUCUGACUUCUCCUUUCCCACAUCUCAGAACCCUCAUCGGGUUGGUCAUUCUUUCCCCCUGAAUUAGUGAGGUCUCCCGCAUAGAGAGAGUGGCAGGCUGAUGAUGCGAAUUGCACAACCCCGUUGUGCUCGGUGAUCGGGGAACGCAGAAAGCCGAAUUCACUUCGGGGCUCUGGGGACAUCACGGCGAGACGCGAGCUCGCGUGCACCGACCGCGCGGUUGCUGAGAUUGCAAGGUCUGGUGGUCACUCGGCCUUUUUAGACGCGCAUUUGGUGUCUCCAUCCCUCUCUCGCGGAGUACCUUCCCGAGAUGUAAUUACAGAAAGACCACAUUUUGAUGUGAAGAGCAGGACAGGUCAGCUAGGUUUGGAAAGAUGGGAUCUCUGAACUCCUUGGUGUGUCUUUUCCUUUUGACUUUUUCCUGUUUACAGUAGUGGUUCUUCGGUAAGAUUUGUAAGAUGUCGGCGACACUUGUAGAAUCAAUGUACCAGUUGUGAAGUGAUGUGUAAUAUCUGAAGGAUACACAUUUUAAAGUUUCUUUCAAAGCAGAAUAUGGAAUACCCACCCUUUGGUACUUUUAAAAUAAUUAAAGUAAUUAGGUUUAACUUUGGGGAAAUUUUUUUUUUUUAAGUACCAGGAUUUUAGGGUUCAAAAAUCAUAUUGGUAGUUUAGUAAGUUGGUGACUAUGAAAUAAAUCUGUGAGGUUUCUUUUUACCUGCCUUGUCCCCGGCCCCGUCCCCCAGGGUGGAACUAGAUUCUAAAGGCGUCUGUGCUCUGCUUUUGCUGAGAAGCCUCACUGUCCCCUGAGAUACCAUUGGCUAUUUAUACCCGAGUCUAGUCUAAUUUACAUAUAUAUAUUUUAAAAGAUGAGUAGAGAGAACAUAUCUAUUUAGGAUGUGAUAUAAUAAUUCAUUUGUCAGGGAAUACUUGAUCUUAAUUCCUUUUCAAUAGGUAAAGAUUUGGAUGUAUUUUCCUACUUCCUAUAUGUAAUCUCUUUAUGCCAUGCUAAUUCUAACCAGUCCCUUCUUUUGAAAGCUUUCUUUCUCUGCUUUUUAAAGGAAUAAUGGUGAUCAGCAGGCAUUAUGCAGAUACGACGUGCCUGAGAUUAUGGAGGGGGAAAUGUCACAUGACUGUAUGAAAUCAUUAUAUGCCCUGUUUUGUAUUUAUUGACGUUUUUUUUCUGUGGGCCAAAAAUACAUUUGUAAUAUAUUUAGUUUUUUUUUUUUUUAAUCACGAUAAUUGAUUGGAAGAUUUAUUUUUGAAUAGCUUUGCCUUUUUUGCAGAUUGAGAAAUUUCUAAAUUAUAAAUUAUGUCACAAAGCAAAAUUAUAUUUGGUAUCACCAUAAAUUUCUAUUCUGAAUGGUGAGGACAGAUAAUUUGAGUAUUUCUCACCUAUGAACCUAUGUUCGUAAGCUUUUUUAUUUUAAUGUACUGUAAUGAAGUGAUUACGAGUAGUUACCUCUGCUCAAAAGUAUCAGUUAGUUGGUUUUCCUCCACUCUUUCCCUUCCUGUUCUCAUCAUCCCUAGAUAACCAUCCCGUUCCCAGCAAUCCGAUCUAGUCUCCAUGGUGUACUAAUUCAAGGUUGUAGCAGAGCAGCACACCGACUGUCUUAACCUACCAGCCCUUCUCUGACAGCAAAGGGAACGUCUUGGGUAGUCGGUUUGAACUUCUCUGGCUCUUCGUCUCUCGUGGUAGCUGCUUAAAACUCUUCAGUUAUCAAAACUGAGUUUGCAGUAAGUUGCACAUUUUCUUGUUUGCAAUUUUCUGUUUUAUGUGCAUUGAAAAGCCCUUUCCUGCUUUCUAGUAAGGAGGCAUGAAAUGAUCAGGAAUGUUGCCAGUUUCAGCUUCACACCAAAAACUUCGAGUCAGUUCAUUUUUGUUUAGAUGCCCACAGGGAUAGCUGAAGAAGGGGCUCCCGUAGGAAGUACCACUGUAGGUUUGAGGAAUUAGCAAAAAAACAAAUUUGUCUUCUCGUUUUAUCUCCUUCAAAACCAGCAUCCCAGCUUGCAAUUUACUUUGCUCUCGCGGCUUCUUGUGAAUCCCUUUUCGGAAGAGAGAAGAACAUCCUGUGAACCCAGAGAUAACCUGUUAACGUUUUUCUUUUAGCAAACGCAGGGCAAUUCUAGUCUGUUAGUAGUAGGUUUGCUGUUCAUGUGUAGAGAAAGGAAUGAAGCAUCUUUCACUCUGGAAAUACGAAAAUUCAUGUCUUUAAGUAGCACUUACGCUAUCAUAAGGCAGUACUGGAAUCGCAAACAAAAUUCACAUGAGGUCCUGGUUUGGUGGAAACUAGCUUGUAUGCUAGUGUGAAAUUCAGGAGAAAUAGUGGCAGAGAAGUUCACUCCGUUUCUGUAGUUCUUUGGGACCAUAUAUAAAGGCCAGUUAGAUUGUGUUAAUGUGAUUUACUUACACAGUUGCUGCAGUUUCAUGGAUACACUCUGCUCGGAGAAUCUGAAUUCCAUUCUGAGGAAUGAUACUGGCUGUGAUCUUAGAGCAUCGAAGAAGUGUUUUUCUCUCCUUUACUCUCUAUACAUAAUUGUUAAUAUUAUUUUAAUUAAAGUACUUAAGACAUUGUUUUUUUCCUCUGUAAAAAUGGCUUAGUAAUUUGCACAUCUGCGUAGGUUAUGUAGCUAGUAAACAAUUCACAAUAGUAAAUAGCAAUUACACUUAACCCACCAAAUGACAGACUAUGCAAUGGGAAAAUUUUGUAAUUAUUGUCACAUAGCUUAUAAGGUGAAGGACUUUUUUUUUUCCUCUAGUAACCUACCAUGUGAGAUAGAACUGCUUUAUAAAUGACUUCCUGAGCAAUUUCAUGCUGGCAGGCACUGCAGUGUGUCUAGUGUCCCUCCACGAGAAGAUGAUAAUUUAAUGAGAAGCAAAUAGAGAUGGAGAUAAAGUUGGAAAAUGUGUGUGUGUGUGUGCGCGCGUGUGUGUUUCUUUUCCUUAAAAUUGUAGUUACCGUCUCGAGUGGCAUCAGGCUAAAGAAAGUGAAUACUUUAUCCUUGCCAAAUAAUUAUUUAUAAGAUUUAUCUCUUCAACAAGCCCAGUCUCAACUGCAAGCUAAGAAUCCUCACUUUCUGUGACUAACACUAAAGCUUUUCCUUAUCAGAGCUCAUUCGCAAUCCAUGAUCCCAACCCAGAGGCAAAGACAGUGCUUUGAUUUGGAAGGAAAUGGUGUCUGUGAUCCAUCCCCAUGCCCAGUCUGUAAGCUUUCUUCUUAUGUGAAAGGAUUUAUGUUCCUCUUGACCUGUACUGUUCAGUUUUGUUUUGGUGUUAUAUUUUAAGUAGGCUUCACGCCCAGCUUGGGGCUUGAACUCACAACCCUGAGAUCAAAAGUCACAUGCUCUACCGGUUGAACCAGCCACAUACCCUGGUACCAUUCAGUUUGUAUCAGUUGGCCCUAGACUUGGAGCCUGUGUAGGUAACUCCCACACCAUUGGCUCAUGUCCCUUGCCUGCAGUCCUUCCUGCGCCCUCGCGUCAUGGGGGUGGUGAUGGCGGUCGUGGUAGGCUGCGUCAGCAGUGUUCUUGUGAGCCGAUCGAUCACCUUUUCUCCAUGUUCUGUAGGUGGUUGUGGAUUGGUAUUACAAAAAGAUGAGGCUAUUCAUAACACUAAACUAAUUAUUUAAUAGGUUUGGAAUUCACUUAAAAAAUUUCUAGGUAUCUAGUUUUCAGAUUCUUCAACCUCUUUCUUUUUAGCCUUUUAACAUUCUACUAAAUUCUGUUUUUAAUCUGGUAUAUAUAGAUUAAUCUAAUACAGUGGUCUUCUCCAUGGUCUGCAGAACUCUGCAGGUGAAAGAGGCGAUUUCAAAGAUUCCUUAGAAGAAAAUGUGGUCAUACUGAAUAGUCUUCAUCUGUAUCCCUUUUGUCACCAACACCUACAUCGUUCCAAGGAUCUAUUCCUGAUGAGAAAUACAUUUCUUGGGGGUGAGGUGGGAGGUGGAAAUAUAUGUGUGACAGAACAUAGAUUUUUUUUUUUUUCCUCUCGCAAUACAGUGAAAAUAUGGAAUCUUCACUGGCAUUCUGUAGAAAGGUUAAAGAAUGACAUCUUAGUAUCUGGAGCCUUGUGAGCUUUCCAAUAUCCUAUUCUGGAGGGAACCAGAAUCCAUGCUUAGUAGACUAAAGUAACAUUUUAAAUGCUAUCUUUGAUUUGAAAUAGAUUUGAAAAAUCUAUUUGAUUUUGAAAGAGAUUUGAAAUAAAAUACCAGUGAAGAACCUAUUUGAGUAUCUGUCUGUUAAGCAUUUCCCCCUGACCAAUAAGUUAGGAAAAAAACCCUAAAAUACAGGUGAAUAAUUAUGUCUCCGAAUAGCCAGUGUCAUUAAUGCAAAAAUUGUGGGGCCGACUUGGAGAGCCUCAUUUCUAUAGCAAAAAGUCUCCCUUCAGCUCUAAUUUCUGUUCGCUUCCCUCUCUCUGCACUGUGAUACAGAGCCAAUAAAGGACAGGUGGCAUUUCAGAGAGAGCAAAUUUGGUAUGACUUUCUUUACCGGAAACUAGGUUCCCAUAUCUUGGGAAUGUUUGACUACUUGAGCGGCGGAGUUUGGGGGGAUCUAAAAUUGAGUCUGAAAAACAGUGUUGUAAGAGAAAAGCUUUCUAACUCUUGGUAACCUUUGUCGGGCAGCCCAGCUCCCCAUCCCCUUUUCCCUCCUGCCUGCUGGCCUCGGUGCCCCCCUGCCCCCCACCCAGGUCCUCAAGUCUGCACACACACCCCUGAUCUGCCCUGAUCCAGGCCUAAGAGUAAUAGAAGCUGCCUCUUUCAUUUGUUUUUUUGUUUUGUUUUGUUUCUGUUUGUUUUUUUUUGAGCUGGGGACCACUGAAGUAAGCUCUAUGUGCACCCAGAGUUCCCCUUGGAAAGAUGUUCACCAUUCAGUGCAGCGAAAUGCCACACCAUCGCUUUCGCUUGGGGAAUAGACUGAUUUGCCCUGACCUGACUCUACCCGGUGUCGCUAAGACCCCGUCGGCUCCAGCAGAUGAGUGUGCAAGUGAUGGGACGUUGGAUGCUUGUGACAUUGUCUUCAUCUGCUCAGAAGGGUUGAAAUCAGUCCCUCUUCACAGUGAUUGUUCUUUUCACUGUAUAGUGUUGAGUAUGUCUCAGGGAUUCCUUGUGGAAAUUAGGGCAGUUUUUAAAAUAAGAAAAUAGUUUUAAAAGUAACUAAAGGUGACUCAUCAUUGAAGAGAGCACAAGAAAGAGAAAACGUUUGGUUUCAUAGCCCACCGUGUCUCGCGUAGGAUUUUUUUCCUUUCUCCUUCAGGCUCUCAUCUCCGCUUCAGCAAACAGAAUCCUUUCCCAUCACGCACAGCUUUAAAAGUUUUAUUUAAAAGUUUCCUUCCCCAAUGAGCUUUCAGAAUACUUAUUGUAGAUUUUAAGAGAAAAGGUAUAUUAAUUUAUACUAUUAACAUCACCUCAUAAAUUAUAAGUUUUAUACUAAAGCUGUAUUGAGUGUAAUGAAUUAUGUUGCCUAUGUGUUUUAAUAGCUUAAAAAAUUAUAUAUGAGCUUUUUUUUUUUUUUUGACAAAACAAACUAGUGAAGCACCUUUUUACACUGGAUCUCUGCCGUGUCAAGGUGUAUAGCUAUCCUUUGCUACCUUGCAGAUAUAUAAAAUAAAAGGAUAUCCUGGGGCCUCAAAAUGUAGAACACCUUUAGACCAUUUAUUACUGCUCAUAGAACUGUUGGGAAUCGUGUUUCUUUAGUAAAUGAUCUGUGGUUUACACUUAAGAUGGCUAGAAGCUUAGUUACAGGGUAAAUAGAAAUACAUAAUAGAUCAAGAAAAACUCCCCCAACUACUGUAGCUGGAAUUUGUAAACUAAGUUUUUCAGACCUCUUUUAGUUCCUAUGGAUUUAUUCUUUAAUUUACAGUUUAUUCUGUAAGUUGGGAAGUAAAAAUAGAGAAAAUAAUAAAUCUAGAUGUUCUCAGUGUCUUAUUCAGGAACUUUUUAUCCCUCCUCACUAAGGAAUUCCCACUGUGACUUAAAAAUAGAAUUAAAUUACUUGUGUGCAUGUCUCGUCUGUGUUUUUACACACAUGCAAAAAUAUACAUUGGGGGCACGUGUGUGAGAGAGAUGAAUGUGUGCUUAGGUAAAAAUAGAGGAAGGUAACAGAAUGUAUUGUAGAAAUACGAUUUAUUUAGAUGAGGCUAUCAGAGUUUUUUUCUCAUUGUCUCUGUAGUAUAAAUACACCAAAUUCUUCAUUAUGCUAUCUUAUGGUAAAAGGCUAGCUCUGAUAUCAUGUGCAUUUAAUUUUAACCUUUUGAUUAACAUAUUAUGCUAUAUUUUUCAAAUGACAUGAGAAACAGGUUCUAAGACAAGCCUCUCACUUUUGAGCAUAAAAAUAAGAGAGAGACAAACCAGACACAAGCUGUGUUUAUCUACUGGGGUGAUGGGACCAGACCAGUUGAAACGUUUCAAACUUUUUUUUUAUGUUAGUAAUAGAUUUCUUCAUAUUGUAAGUUAGUAAAUCUUAGUGAUCAUCUUUUCUUGGUGAAGUUAAGAAAAUUAAAGGCUUUUUAUAGAGAAUGCCAUUUUUUUUUUGAAGGGACUGCUUUUUUGGAAGAGUUGGUGGGAUCAUUUCACCAUGCAUAUUUCAAAGCUGGGAUGAUUUCAGUUAUUUCCAAAUUUUUUUUUAAAAAGUCACUCAGUUGUGCUAUUACUCAUGAAGUUAGUGUGCCCCCAACCGCCGUAUUUUGGUUAUAAGAAAAAUUACGCUACCCUUGACUUUUACCUAAUUCAUAGGGAAUUUUUAAAAGAUACAUUCCUGUAUUUUGAGUUUUGUCAUUUUGCUAUACAUUCAUUACUGGAGUAACUGGUGGUCUAAUGUAGACAAAACUAGAGUUGUUAUUAAAUGCUCCAAUCACAAUUAUUUUUAAUAUGAAAAGAUCAUGUGCUUGGGUAUAUGUCAAAACAACUUCUGAGAAUACACCAGAAUUAGUAGUUCUUUGAAGCCUCAUUCAUCUUAAGUAUAGCCAAGACCUAGGAAAGCUCUACAGGUCGUUCCUUUUAUAGUUGUGUUUCUGCAUCUCCCAGUUUCAUUCAUUCUUGCUUUAUGGAUUUAAAAAAAAAAUCUGCAUAUUUCUUGUACAUAUGCAUGCAAGUGAAAGAAGGGAGUUUGUACUGGUGCCAUUUCUCCCUUCAGUAACUGGUUCAAUGGGAUUUGCUAGAAUAAAUUCCCCCUGAUUGAAGGGUGAAAAUAGACCCUUUUGUGUAUAUCUGUACAGAGAUGUGUAUAUGGGAUGUGGUGGCACUUUGCUGAAUGUGAACUUGCCUUGUCAAUGGAAAGAUUGAAAAGUAUUAUGUUUAUUUAUACAUUUGUAUAAAUCUAUAUAUACACGUAUGUAUAUGUGUGUGUAUAGAUAAAGCUAUAUACAUAUAUUUCCCUAAAAAAUGUGUGUGUGUAAUAGAUUAACAGCCUUUGUUAAGAUUAUACGUCUAUGGAAAACUCAAUGAUUCUGUAAGCAAGAGGAGGGGACAGUCUGGAGUCCAUUAUCGGUGCAUACCAAGAUGGAAGUCCUUUGGAUGAAUAGUCUUAUUUAUGGUUAUUAUAAGUGAAUUCCUGCUAGAACUGUUCUUUCUUGCCAGUUCCACUGCCCUUCAUCUUCACUGCCUUCUCAAGCAAUCUCUCAUCACACAUUAUUGUAGGUUUUUCCCCCUUUAUCAUGUCCUCUCUAGCCAGAAGUGUUUGGCUUAAGCAUAGUUCAUUAACAUCUCAGUCUUGUCUUCUAAAGAUCUUUGUCUCUGAUAUUUUCCAGAAGGUGUCACUUUGGGUAAUAGUUUGUAUAGUAAUUUUGAGGAUUGGGCAUUCAUCCUUGUCUCAAAAACAAACCAAAAAACCAACAUUCAAACAAGACUAAUUUGAAAGUUUUACCUGGAUAAUUUGGGGACAUUUCACUCACAAUGGAAAAGAGCAUAACUGAUUUUAGUACUGAUAACAGUGUUAGCUUUAUUUUCUCAUUUAUCCUCACCAAUUUGUCAUUUAAAAAUGUGGUUUACUUUGUGUCUUUAAUUAUCCAUUUACCAUUUUCUUUUUAAUGGAAGGCAUACAAAGUCACACAUAAGCCUCCUGAAUUCUAGAAGUAACUCACUUUACUCAUGAUGACCCUGCUCUAACCAGUUCUUACAUAACGAACUUUGCUAUAUUUUCGACUUUUUUCCCACAUUUGUGACAUUCUGUUUUAACUUCGCUGCAGCUCUCUAGAAAACUUGCAUCCCUAUAUAUUGUGCCUUUAAAGCUCUUAUGCACACACAAGACAAAAGUGUAUAUAUACAUGUCUGAGCAUGUGUACAUAUACUUUCAUAUAUACUCACACAGUAUGUCUCGUAUAUAUUGUGGGAGUGAAUAUAUAGAUAUUCAGAGGCAAUGAAAUGUUGCUUUCUAGAUAUAUAUGUAUAUAAAUAGUGUUGAUAUACUGUAUAUACACAUGUAUAUGUAUGAGUUUUAAAUGGCAAUCUUUUACAUUUAGCAAAAUGCUGCCCCUACUGGAAUAUUGUCACUGCAAUGGCAGUUGUAUGUAAUGAUUUAAAAAUACAUUAUCAAAAAUUAUUUAAAAAAAAAAAUUUAAAAGUCACAUCUAAAGACAUCCACACAUUAUUUAUUUAUCUUCCUUUUCCUUUUUAUUGUUACAUUUUUUUUUAACUGAAAGGGAGACUGUCAUUUUUAAAAAUGCCAUCUGUCCCAUGGGAGAAAGAGCUGGGGAUUCACUUGAGGAACCUUGUGCAUUUGUCCUCUCUCUGAAAUGGAGAUGUACCACAAACCAGCCUGUUUAUUUCAGUUAUAAAACAAUCCUAUCAUUUCCAUUAGUGCAUGUCAACCACCAUCUUCUAGAUCAACUUAAUUCACCAAUUUGCCUCUUCCUUUCAUUAAUAAAUAAUGAUCUUUGAGAUCAUUUUGCCUGGGGGAAGUUAACUACUCUCUAGCUGCAGGGAAAUCUAUCACCUAAUUGUUAUUCUGCCUUGUUCAAAAUUCAACUUUGUGAGAAGGCAGCUCUCAUGAAGCUUGUCUUAAGCGUAUUUUGCAUUUAUUUAGUUAAAGGUCUUCCCAGACUUUUUUUUUUUUUUCUUUUUAAAAAAUUCCAAGUCGGCGUGCACUUGCCACAGAUUUAAUUCUUAGUCCCUACAGCUUCAGAUGUUUUCAUCCGUACAUCAGUUUGGCACACUGAAGGAAAGACUAUGAAGAAGGAAACAUGAAAUAUUUUAUUUUGUGAUGAGUUGGCAACAGAUGACAUUUCAAGACCUUACAGAGAGAGGAACGUAGAUGGACAAUCCUAAAUUGUAAGACGUUACAAAAAAAAAAAAGCCAGUGAAGGAAGAGAACCCCCCGCCCCCGGAAGACCAGAACAGAGAGGUUGGGGUCUGAGUGAUUUCGUAGAGUAGUUGAGCUGGAACUUGAUAUCAGAAGCAGCCUUUAACGAAGCCUCUUGGCCAUGUUACCGUACUAACUGGAGUACAGAGGUGUAAAUUGAAACCAAGUUGCAGUGGGAAAUCAGAGGUGAGGCGGUAGCUUCUUUGGAUCCAGUAAGGGACAGACACGUUGCACAGUUUUCAAAUCUCUUCUUACGAAGUAACUGCACGGUAGCAAGGACUAGCAGUUCUCAGAGCCCUUCUUUUUCAGUGUUCUCAUUCACCUUGGCACACAAGUAUGUUUAACAGGCCAUACGUUAAAAAUAUUUACAAAAAAAAAAAAAAGCUGCUUAAAGGGAACUUACAAACCGAGAAUCUUGUCUGCAUUUGUGUGAAUAGUGGCUAGAAGCUUAGUUAUAUGCACAAAAGCUAAGGGGCCACCCGUUUCUGCACAGACUACAUCAGACAGAUGAGGAUGUCGGCAGGUUUGGUUAAGAACCCCCCCAGUUCGGACAGAAAGGCAGGUCUAUGGCAUUGAGUGUGGUGUGGCUGGGGGGGGGGGGACCACAUUUUGGGAGGUGAUAGGCUGUUGGUUUGUAAUUUCCCUUUAAACGUGAAGAGAUGGCUCACAUUUUCCAUAUAUAUCUCAAUGAAUGUACUGUAUUACUGUUUUAAAAAUUUGAUGAAAUAAUAAUGGAUUGGUCUCCUUUUGUUAUCUGGUCCUUGUUUAAUUUGUUUAAGGGUUUUUGUAUACAAAAGUUUACAUUUUUAUGUAUAUUUUUCUUGUGUAAAAACUGAUGUAAUAUGUGUAUAAAACACUGUAUGUAUUAUCUGUAUAUAGUGUGACAAAAUGAUUUUUCUUUCUUUCUUUUGGAUGUAUUAAUAAAUCUUGCUGUGAAGUA